AUGACGCCGGUGCAGUCGGGGGGCCCGGAAGGCCGCGGAGCUCGCGGAGGCAAGGCCGAGGAUAAGGAGUGGAUGCCCGUCACCAAGCUGGGCGGCUUGGUCAAGGACAUGAAGAUCAAGUCCCUGGAGGAGAUCUACCUCUACUCCCUGCCCAUUAAGGAAUCUGAGAUCAUUGACUUUUUCUUGGGGGCCCCUCUCAAAGACGAGGUUUGGAAGAUGAUGCCGGUGCAGAAGCAGACUCGUGCUAGCCAGAGCACCAGGUUCAAGGUGUUUGUUGCUAUCGGGGACUGCAAUGGCCACGUUGGCCUGGGUGUUAAGUGCUCCAAAGAGGUGGCCACCGCCAUCCGUGGGGCCAUCAUCCUGGCCAAACUCUCCAUUGUCCCCGUUCGCAGAGGCUACUGGGGGAACAAGAUCGGCAAGGCCCACACCGUCCCUUGCAAGGUGACAGGCCGCUGGGGCACUGGCAUCGUCUCAGCGCCUGUGCCCAAGAAGCUGCUCAUGAUGGCUGGUAUCGAUGACUGCUACACCUCAGCCUGGGGCUGCACUGCCACCCUGGGCAACUUCGCCAAGGCCACUUUUGAUGCCAUCUCUAAGACCUACAGCUACCUGACCCCUGACCUCUGGAAGGAGACUGUAUUCACCAACUCUCCCUAUCAGGAAUUCACUGACCACCUUGUCAAGACCCACACCAGGGUCUCCGUGCAGCCGACCCAGGCUCCAGCUGUGGCUACAACAUAG